AUGUAUCAAUGAGACACAUGUCCCAAGGAAGUACAAGCGUGCUGCGACGUAAAAUCCUGCAGUCUGCUCGCUGGGGCUGAAUGUGCAACUGGACCCUGCUGUGACAUCCAAUCAACCUUUGGAGAUCCGUCUCGCACUACCUGCAAACUAAAACAGAGUGGAUCUGUGUGUCGUGAGGCGGGUAACUCUUGUGACCUUCCUGAGUACUGCAGUGGGGAGUCGGAAUGGUGCCCUGCUGACGUCUUUAAGACUGAUGGGGAAGUCUGUUACACACGAGAGGGUUAUAAGUCACAUUGCAUCCGCGGCGGCUGCAAUGCCCCGGACGAGUGGUGUCGGGUUCUUUGGGGCCCUACGGGUCUGGCGGCGGGGCCGGACUGUGUCGCCCACAAUAUGAUACGUGAUGCUAAUAAUGCCAUUGACAAGGUUGCCAAUUGUGGGCGUCUCAGACCUCGAGGUGACGAGCGCUGGCGUGAAAUGGAUCAAUGGCCAUCCAAGGCCUGCAAUGAUUGGCGAGUUCCCUUCGCUAUUUCUCACCACAUUUAUUCUGCAAUUUUCGCUUGUAACGGGACUGUUUGCCUCUCUUGCAGUAAAACCGUCGUUGGAAAAUCUGAUCACUCUUUUUCAUACCUCAAACUCAUCUCAUAUUUGAAUGGUUUAUUAAAGCGACAGGAGGAGACUUUGAAUUACUUGCUGCUUUCACUUGAUCGAGACGGUCUUUGA